AUGGCUGAAGACGAAAUAGGUGAGUUCAUCGUGAGGUUUAAGCGUUUAGGAUAAUAUUUUCCGAACAACAGUGGAUUUUAAGAUGAUGGGAUUGGCGUUGUUUUCACUUUGCCUACGUCUUUCAUUCUUCGAUACGUGACUAACAGAAUAUACAAACACACUGCAUCACCUAACACGUCCAUUUUCGUUUAAUGUACAUAAAAUAUUUCGCGUUGACUCGCGUCCAUGUGGACCUAACCUUAUACUGCAGUUUUCCCUAUUAAAUUGGAUAGUGAAAAAUCAAUAAACUGUAGUUCUAAUGUUAUAAUAUAUAUUAUGAUUGUAUGGUCAGCAUUUUCGGAGACAUGUUAUAUUUUGUUAAUUUUUUUUUUUUUUGAAUUGGAGUGUGGGGAGUUACUAUAUGCAUUUUAAAACCAAUAGUUAUUUAGUAACAUUUUAUUGUAUUUUAUAAUAACGAGGGUUUAAAUAUGUUCUAAAUGAAAUAUUGUAUUCGAUGAUUUUGUAGGUAAUGUCUGGAAAGACCGAAAUCAAAUUUACUCGACAUUUUAUCUUAGUAUCGCUCUGUAUAAAUGAACGUAAUAGUCCAUCCUCCGGCGUUGCUCUUUGACUGUGCUAUUUUAUUCGGUUAGACUAACAAUAUUGACGGGAUAUUAAUGCGAGACUCUCUUUGUUUUCGUUGUGUAUACGUAUAAAAUAUGUAAAAUAAAAUGAAACGUAUACAACGACGACAACGGUCGGAAAAGAAUAAUAUUAUUUCUUCUCUUCGCACAUAACUUCAACCAACCCCCCCCCCCGCCCACAAGGCAAAUUGAUACUAGACGAACAUCCUUUACACAUCUACACUCCUUGGCGUUAUCUCGGUUUUCUAUUAUUAUUGUUAUUUACUCCUGUUUAAUUUAUUUUUCCACGCGCGAUAAUAAUAUUAAUAUAAACGACGACGGCGUCCGUAAUAAUAUUAUGGAAUCGUUUAUUAUCCGGUCGAAACAACGCGCGCAUCGAGUUUGAAUAGAAUUAUUUUAAGCUGUACACAAUAUUGGUGUAAUAAUAUUAUUACGACUAGAAUGCGCGUCGUGAUUUGAAUUAAACGCCCAUUCAAACGUCUUGAUGCCGCCUUCGGUUCGCGCGUCGUUUUUUGAACAUUUCGCGUUUUCAAAACACAGGUAAGUUCAUAAUACUUUAUGCACGUCGUAAAACCGCACCAAAAUUAAAAUAGAAACGCCUCUCUUAGCUCAAAUUUUACGGUUUUUACAAUCGAAUUUUCGAAUUGGCGUAUAGACUUUAAAGAAAGAAAAAAAAUCUCCCAGCGAACAACAGGCGUACAAGUCCGAUUAACACGUUUAGUGUUAACGUCUAGAGUAUACACGUAACAAGUUAAAUAAUUCCGAUUUAGGAGUUUGCCGUUUCUACGGUUCUUCCGGUUCGUUUCUUAAAUAACUCAGGAAUAAAUAAUAUCGCGCACAAACCACCGGAUUUCGUACACAAACGGUUACCCUGAGAAUGAUGUUAAAGUUCCAAUUUUGGAGAGAGAUUACAGAAAUGCACCCGACGCAACCCUAAGCACAAUAAUAGUGAAUGAUGUCACACGACGAUAAUACGCAUAAUAUGUUAUAGCCUGUCGGGUCGCUAGAUUGUGCACGCGUAUGAAAAAGGUCGCGGCCGGUCCGUUUCUAAUCGAAUUUCCCGGAAGAAAUUAUAUAUAUACACAUCCAACGGUAGAAUAAUGUACAUAUUUAUUAUGUAGAAGUUUUUUUUUCAUUUUUUUUUUUUUUUAGGAGACCGUACGGGAUCGGGGGAAUGACUUUUUGAUGGCGAUCCGAGUUUUUCUUUUAUAAAAUUAUUAUUAACAUUACGUUACGCCGGGCAAGUCCGAGGCGAAUUAUUGUUCGUGACGGCUCUGAUGAUUUUGCCGAACCCUAUUUCGCCGCAAGAUAUACGAGUACAAUAUACCUAUACAUAUAAAUAUAGGUACACCUAACUCGUCCGACGUGAGUUGUUAUUUUUUUUUUCUCGACGGUCAGCUGAUGAAAAGUUUAGUGCGUACGAACACGACAAGCGGAGAAUUUACGAUUUUCGUUUUACCCCUAUAGGUAUAUAACGUAAUAAUGCGCGGUUUACGAGACGGGAGGCCCGCAAACGUUAUUAAGUAUUCAUUUCGAGUGAGGAGAAAAAACGACACGAAUAACGAGUGUUGGCCCGCAGACGUUUGUUCCCGACAUCCGAUUAUUAUAUCCGAGCAACGUAAUAACGUAAUAUACUUAUAUAUAUAUAUGAAGAAAAACUAAUUUACCGAAAACGUCGGUUCUAUAUAACAUAAUGUAAUAAUAUAAGAAAACUGCCACUCGGGUUAAAAUAACACGAGUACCUUACCUACGAACGAUGUUUUAGUUUAUCACGAAACAGAUCGCGCACACCCACAGUAUCUGCAGACGAAGCCUGAAGCUGCGGCUGAGAUUUUGCAUUUGUUCGGGAAAUCGAUCGAGAAAAUCUCUAAAUAGUACGGAACAAUAAUUCGCUAUCCACGUCUGUCCGUUUGGGCGCUCGGUUUUUCUAAACUACACAACGGGUUUUGAAACGAUUUUCACUUUCAUUUAGAGAAUUUCAUGCGGAGUGUCCGUACAUAUAUAAAGGUGGAUUUACAUCAGCUCAGUUGAAUUGCGCAAACUAAUUUGUGGUAUUUUCGUGUAGUCCGUUUAUACAAACAGACUGAGUAAAUUAUUUAGGUUUAGACGUUCAACUAUUGACAGACAUUUUUGUUCAGUUCUAAUUUGACACUGCAGCAAAAAUGUCGUCCAUUACCGAACAAGAGCUCUGUGUUCCCGCAGUGUGUGUUUGAUUGAAAAAAAAAAAAAAAACUUCAAAAAAUAAAUGAAAAUGAAAUAAAUAAAAAUAAGUGAUCAAAACAAUUGAUUGGUAAAAAGACAAAAAUGUUCGCACUUUAAUUGGUAAAUUAUUUAGAGAACCAGACGACUUCAGGUACACUAUAAACAUUAGUAUUCUGCAGUUGUUCAUGAAUACACGACACGAACGUACAUGUACGCACAUGUACUAUAUCGUAUGAUAUUUUUUCCAGAGAUGCCACAAUAUUUCAUAGAAACUAUACCUCAUAAGCCACAACAGUAUUAUUAUAUUAUUAAAAACAUUAAUUCAAUAUUUUAUACACAUUUAAAACUAUCACUUUGUCCAAAACGUUUACACAUAUAGGAAAACUGUGUAACUACUAUAGCUGCACAGUUUUUAUUCAGGCAUCGCCUAAACUUUCACAGUCAUAAAUCUUGAACUGUGCAGCCAUACGAUUUUCGAUUUACACAAACAGUUAGUUUGCGCAAACUUGAUUUGGUGCCGUCCGUUUGCGCAGUUUAACUGAGCGUGUAAACCCACCUUUAGUACGUGAUAACUAUGUUUAUAGACGGUAGAGAAAAGUCGAUGGUUUGGUAAUCAAGUCAUAAACAAAAUAUUUUCGAGCGCUUAUAUUGUUAAUCAGUGGCGUAGCCAGGAUAUUCUUUUAGGAGGGCGUUUUUAUUUUGUGUUUAGAUGUAACUUUGUAACCUUUUUGUGCGUAUGUAACACCCAUAACACAAUUAUCAACGCGUAAUACAUCUUGUAGAAAUCUGAUGCAUAACUGUAUAUUAUUAUAGUAAAAAUUAUAAGUAUUGGCAUAAAUAUAUUCAAAAAAGGGUGUUUGAACACCAAAACACUCUCUCCCCCUCACUACGCCACUGUUGCUAAAUAAUGUCCUACAAAAUUAUGUUCCUUAAAAGUAUCUCAAAAAGGCCUACAGAAAAGUACACAGUGGUAUAUGACGUCUAUCGCUUAAAAAUAUUGUUCACAGUAAUUUAAAUAAUCAGUGAAUGUUUGUUUGAAUGGAUGUGUGGAUGCCAAAAACAACUCAAUGGAUUGAGCUGAACUUUGCAUAGAUGCAGUUUUAGACCAGGACUAAUAAUUACCGGCUAUGUUGCAUAGUUUUUUCACGUGAUUCACGUCAAACUCUAAACUCUUGUUUUGUUAGUAUAUCAUGCAUAUUUUUCGAUUUCCCGGAUUCGUACACAUAACAUAAGCUUUCGAGUGAAUAGAAAAAAAUCUCGCUGAACGGCUUUGCAAUAAUAAAAUUUUAAAAAUCGAGUAAAAAGGAUACCCCUUGUGUAUGCCCGAUCAGGAGAAAACGUAAAAAUGGUUAUCCAUUCUACUCGUAAGAAACACGGUGAUAUUCGUGCCAAGUAUAUUUACAAAAUACAACAAUGAUACUAUAAAAUAUAAAGAAACGUGUCAUUUUCUGCAUAAAACUAACACAUGCCAUUUUUUUUUUUUUUUUUACUUGCCAUAGACAGAGUAAUGAAAUGUGUCAAAUGUGUUGGGAGGAGAGAGGUCAAGCCCAGCUAAUACAGGCCUUUUUUAUUGUACGGAAUUUGGUCUAAAAUUCUUAAUUUGUAGUUUAGGCUUAAAUCCCUGAACCCUACUUAUUCUUAUAGUAGUGACUUCACCUAUGAAUUAUUAAUAGAACAAUCUAAAAAUUAAAAUAUUAGGACUACAGGACAUAAGGUUUCAUUUUGUGUUUUUUUUUCUGCAGGAUUUCUAUGGACUGCUCCCGAAAUAUUGCGGACGCCAAAUCCGUGUCCGGAAGGUACACAGAAAGGCGACGUUUAUUCAUUUGCCAUAAUCGUACAUGAAAUUGUUACAAGACAAGGUCCGUUCUAUCUGGGAUCGAUCGAUCCACCGCCACCCAAAAGUAAGUGAACGAUAUUAUAUUAUUCCGACACAAUACUGACUCCGCUAUCUGUCGGACGAGUUAAUAAUACUAUUUAGGUUGAGCGCGCAGUCUAACGAUUUGCUAUUUCGACACACGACAGAUUCGACUUUUACCAACUAGAGGGCACUAAGCAUACAUUAUAAGCUUAAUUUAUUAAUUUAUAGAUAAUAUUAAGUUUUUUGAUGAUUAA